ACAAACUUGUGUGUUGGUUGAAUAAUGGCCAUCUAGAGGGGUCGUGCCUGCGUGCUUGCUGAAGAAAAGGUCGCUUUUUUCCGUAGUUCCGUGAUCCCAUCGCUGCCAGGAUGCCGAAGAAGAAGACUGGCCAGCGGAAGAAGGCCGAGAAGCAGAAGCUUCGCCAGAAGGAGAUCCGGAACCGGGAGUCCCAGCUGCCGGAGCAGCCGUGCAAUCUCCCGAUGGACUGCGAGAAAUGUGGCAAGAAGCAAAAGUCCCGUGCGUUUUGCUACUUUUGCCAGAGCGUGCAGCGUUUGCCGAUUUGUGCCCAGUGCGGCAAGCAAAAGUGCAUGCUCAAGACCGGGGACUGCGUCAUCAAGCACGCCGGAGUGUUCACCACCGGGAUGCAGAUGGUCGGGGCGAUUUGUGACCACUGCGAGGCGUGGAUCUGCCACGGCCGGAAGUGUCUGCAGUCGCACGCGUGCACCUGCCCGCUGAUGGACGCCGUCUGCGUCGAGUGUGAGCGUGGCGUGUGGGAUCACGGCGGGCGGAUGUACAAGUGUUGCUUCUGCGAUAACUUCCUGUGUGAGGACGACCAGUUUGAGCAUCAGGCGUCCUGCCAGGUGCUGGAGUCCGAGUCGUACAAGUGCCAGUCGUGCAACCGGCUUGGCCAGUACUCGUGCCUGCGGUGCAAGACGUGCUACUGCGAGGACCAUAUCCGGCGUAAGGGCUUCAAGUACGACAAGAACAAGCCGAUUCCGUGUCCCAAGUGCAACUACGACACCAACCAGACCAAGGAUCUGAGCAUGUCGGUCCGCAGCCACAAGUACGGCCGCAAGCGCCAGGACGACGACGGCGAAGACGACGAUUACGUGUACGAUGCGGAGUACACGGCGUACCGCGAGGCGUCCGACUACAAGUUUGCCGACUCGGACUCGGACGAUUACUCGGAGGAGGACGACACGGAUUCGGACGACGACGACGAGGAGGAAGAAUCCAGCGAGGAGGAAGCGGGCGGCGCCAAGGCCGGAAAAAGCACCGACUAGGCGGAGCGGGAGCAGGGACGUGUUUCUUUUCGGUUCUGCUCAAAUGGAACAAGCCACAGGUUGGGUGGAUUUCGAAUCUACGCGGUGUAUUGUUGGUUUGUUUUUUUGUAUCAAAUGUCUCCGGGAGGAGGAGCGAUCGCGAUCGCGCGGGGGAUUAUUUGAAUAAAGAUAGCAAAUGAGA